AAAAAAAGUUGAAAAAAUAAAAUCAAAAGAUAAGAUUCAUAUAGGUUAGGAAGACCCAUCUGACAAAUUGAUCGAUAGAAAGGGAAAUGAUGGCGGAUCCAGCGGGAGAUGGUUCUGGUAUUUGUACUAGUUCUGAAUCGGUUGAGGAGAAGAAUAAAGAGGCUGCUGAUGAUCAUCAGUUUGAAUCUUCUUCUUGUUCACCUUCUUCAGAUAAUAAAAUUGAUAAUCAUUCAUUCUCCAAGAAACCUCGACUUUUCGGCCGCCAAAAAUCGGUCCAUGUGGUUCUCGGUGGUGGCAAAUCUGCUGACAUCAUACUUUGGAGAAACAAGCAGAUCUCAGCAGGCAUGCUUGCUAGUGCAACUGUCAUAUGGCUUCUAUUUGAAUGGAUAGAAUAUCACUUGCUUACCUUUGUUUGCCAUUCUCUGAUACUUUCACUGGCAAUGUUGUUCCUCUUUUCCAAUUUAUCCUCCUUUGCUAACAAUUCAUCUCCGAAGUUUCCUGAGUUUGAAAUGCCAGAGGACCUCUUAGUGAGAAUCGCUCUCUUACUGAGGGACCAACUUAACCUGGCAAUAGCAACCUUUCGAGAAGUGGCUUUAGGAAAAGAUUUGAAGAAAUUCCUCUAUAUCACUGUGGGUUUGUGGGUUAUCUCCGUUGUCAGCAGUUGGUUUGAUUUUUUGACCCUUUUAUAUAUCAUGUUUGUGAUGCUGCAAACGAUACCCUUCCUGUAUGAAAUGAAUGAGGAUCAAGUGGAUACUUAUGCUGAGAAAGCCAUGGUCGAAAUCAAGAAGCAAUACGCAGUGUUGGACGGAAAGGUUAUCCAGAAAAUCCCAAAACUCCCUUUCAUCAAGGAUGAUAAGCAUGACUGAUGACAAGAUAAAUGGUUAGUAUGGGGCAGGUUCAUCUUUGCCUCUCCAUGAAGGUUCAUCGGCCCCCUAUUCUUCUUAUUAGUAACAGCAUUAACCCACAACACUAUGCUGCUUCUCGGUUCUUGUUCUUUUUUUUUUUGUUAAUCAUCAACAAAACUGUUUUCUUGUCUCUUUAAUGACUUUUACAGACUGAUGUUCUUCACAUGUGACUGUAAUGUGAGAGUUUGGCCUUUUAUCACCUUUUAAAGAUGAGAGAAAAUGUUUUGUUUUUGAUUGACCUCCGAUGUGAUUGGCU